AUGAAUAAGCAUAUGAUGAUGGACCUGGGUUCAGGCUCCAGUGGUGCCACUUACAAGGGAUUGGACUGUGUGGCCGACGCCCAAACCGCACUUUAUGCAUCUUACCAUAAGCAGCUGCAAGCAGAGGUUCCGUGGACUGAACAACCCAAGUACGCCAAAUAUACCGUGUACUUUGGAGUAGUGGUUGUGUUUAUUGCUAUGGUCAAAAAUUUGUGGUACCGGGUGAAAGAUCGUAGAUAUGGCGAAAAUCACCAUACUUAUGGAUCAAUCUUUUCAUCUUUCUGGGACGUUAUUACGAGUUAUUGCAGAUUUUUCGGAUACAAACAGUUGCCGCUGUCGCUAUGCAAGAUCUUUGGACUUCCACCAUCGGUAGGCUCGUUUCUAUUUAUGGCUGCAAGUGCAUUCUAUUUAUUUUGCUACUGCUUCAUACCUCAUUUUUGGUACCGAGGUUGUGGAGGUUUUGGUUCUCCUCCAUUGGCAGUCCGAGCAGGAGUUAUGGCUACAGCAUUGACUCCGUUCGUGUACUUGUUGUCUGGAAAAUGCAACAUGAUCUCGUUGCUUACUGGAAUUUCCUAUGAAAAAUUGAAUUCUAUCCAUCAAUUUGUUGGAUUAGCAGCUUUGGUGCUCUCUAUAAUUCACACCAUCCCUUUCAUCCACCAGGAUCUUGUGGAAAUUGGCACUUCUGGCUUGCGGAAAAACUUUUCCACUGACUUUUACUAUAAAAGUGGUCUCCCACCUUUGAUCCUUUUGGGUCUCUUGUGCACGCUAUCCAACAAGUGGGUUCGUCGCCAGUGCUACGAGGUGUUUGUUUCGAGCCACUGGGCGUUUGGAAUUGCAUAUUUUGGUACAUUGGUGUGGCACAUCAAUAAGAGCUUGGAUAUGCAAAAUUACAUGUGGGGAGCUUUGGCUUUCUGGGCAUCUCAAAUCGGUUAUCGGAUUUUGGUGAAGACAGCGUUCAAACCCAAUGCUCUUUUCCUUCGUCCUAGACUUGCAAAGUUGACCAGAUCGGGUCCAAAUGCCUUUUUGGUUUCCAUUCCUGGCAAUUCAGUUUCUUGUAUGCCUGGUCAACACUGCUACCUUCGUUUUUACGGCUCGAGAAUCUUGGAUAACCAUCCUUUCUCCGUGGCUACCAUCCCAGACGAAGAGAAUCCCGACAUGAAGUUUGUGGUUGUUCCUAAAAAGGGCCUUACGAAAAAGUUGCAAAUGGAACUCGAACAAAAUAUUUCCAUGAACAAGAAAGUUUAUGUCGACGGACCUUAUGGGGGAAGCAGCCGAGACUCUAACUGUUUUGACAAGCUUAUUCUCUUAGCCACAGGCAGCGGAGUAAGUGCCGUACUUCCAUUUUUGAUGAAACUGGCGAAUUUCAUUGCUGCAAAUCGUCAAAAUGAAAAAGUUGAAAAUCGCCAAAAAGUCCACUUUGUGUGGAUUGUACGCUACGAGCACGAUAUAGGUUGGUUCCAGGACGAAAUCAGUCGCUGUAUAGAGCGUGCUGGAGACGCCCUUGAAGUGAGCAUUUAUGUCUGUCAAAAAGGCUAUGUUGAGAACGAAGCACCCAAAGCCAAAGAAGAAGAAAUAGAAACCACCCGCAAAGAUUUGGGUAUAGAUGUGGUUUACGGAAAGCCAGAUAUCACCCAGGUGCUCCGGACGGCCUCAGUGAUUCUUGGAAGACGAAAUAUGAUUGUUUCUUCAGGCUCAGAUUCGAUGAAGGCUGCGGUGAGCCAAGUUGCAUCCAAGCUCCAGGCCCGGGUAUUCAACUCAGAUGCCAACCACCAGGGUGUGGAGGAGGUUUACUUGCAUACAGAGUCGUUUGGGUGGUAA